CCAAAAAUCACCAAUUCCGUUCUGCUUCUAGCAGCUUCUGCUGGUUAUGCUGCUGCAAACGGCAGAGCACCAGAAGGCGCGAUUGUGCUUCCUUUGACUUACAACGAAUUCACCGCUGCCUACUAUGCCCCAUUCCAUAUUGGUACUNNCCCCCCUCAGUUGGAGUACUUGAAAGUGGACACUGGCUCUCCGACUAUAUCUUUUCUUGAUUCAAGAAGCUCGUUCUGCAAUGGCACCGAUCAGCCGUGUAAGGUCUAUGGCUCGUUCGACAAUUACACCUCGUCGUAUGUGAUCGCUAAACAUGUUAUCUGCUUUUCCAGUACUGAUAAAAGGCGUAUAGANACAUGUUCUUACGAAGGAACGGAUUUCUUUGAUGAAUUGCAGGAUGCUGGUUCUGGUGCCUACCUCAACGAUACCAUCACGCUAGGUGGCGUAACCACUGACCACAUUUAUUUUGGCUAUAUCAACUCUUAUGGCAACCCAAGCGCAUUACUUCUGCCGCAAGCAACUAUUGCAGGUCUCGCUGAAAAUCAUCCCCUGGGACCCGGGCCUUAUUUGUUGGCGCAGCUCAAGAAUGCAUCCUCCAUCAACCGCAGAUCAGUCAGUGUUUAUCUCGGUGGUGACACGAACUCUAAUGGUUCUCUCGUACUCGGCGCGUUCUACGACAAAGCCAAGGUAGCAAGCAAGCCCUUCACCGUCAAGAUGGUCGAUCCGUCUAGUCAAUCUCUUGCUCUUGGAGAGACGAACUUUGUGAACGUCACAAAGAUCGAAGUCGUUGUCGGCGAAAAUCGAACAACCUUCUACCCUGGUCCCUCACCAGACAUCGGACAGUCCACUCAAUUGGACACCGGAAAUCCUGAAUGGCUACUCCCCACUCCUGUCUUCAAUGCCGUCACAGCUGGCCUCGGAAAUCCCACUCAGAGAAUAUACAAGGGAGCCCGCCCGCUCGUAGUCGACUGCAAGUAUCGCUCUGCCAUGCACGCCAAAGGCUACGUCACUACUACAUUCGGUAAUGCUGGUAGCCUCAAGGUGCCUUUGCACUCACUGGUGGAUGAGUUUGCCGAUGGCACUUGUGGAACCCAUCUGUAUGAAGUGGAUGUCAGCAAUGGUACUGCCGCUUUCGGAGCACCAUGGCUUCGAAACGUGUAUGCAAUUUUCGAUCAAGAAGCCUUGACUGUCACUCUGGCUCAAGCAAAGCAUACUACUCAACAGCACAUCGUUGCCUUCCCACACGGAGGAUUUCAAGCUCAAGCAUGA